UCGCGCUGAUGAAUUUGAAUGUGUCCAGCAAAUUUUGAAAGCUAGCUUUAUAUUGGCCUAACAACCGUCUAGAACUGACUGAAUAUCCGAUUGGAUUCCAUUGAGGCGCCCCACUACGGCGAACCAUUCCCGAACUGUUGAACCUCCAGAAGCCGAUAUGACACGUCUCGUAACACACGGCGCAAUUUUUGUCAAUUGCCUAAACCCGGGCCGUAAAACCGGAAUGAAAAGACGGAUCAUUAUGGCGACAAUCGCUACGAUAACAAUCGUGGCUUUGGUUAAGGUAACGUUUGCGGAAGAGCAAAGCUUCUUCGCGAGUGAUCUGCCCAAAGUGAGCCCCGUACCGGAAGAUCCCUCGACAAUCAUGAUCCAGCUGGACGACCCCCGGCAACAGAAGCGAGAAGCAUCUUCGGGGACCCCUCGAGUGAUGCAACCGUACACCGUCAUCCAGGCUUACCCGUACCGUCUACCGACGGCUUCUUACCAAGCUCCUGCCACCCGUCCUCCUCGACCAAAAGGACAAAACUGUGUGAAGGACUUCCUCAUCAAUCAGCUGCGUGAAACAAACGACAACAUCAACCGACUGCUAGACUGUAUCAAACAGAACCAAAACUGUGAACCCAACCAACCGGAAGCCACCCAGCCAGAUCAACCGUUUAACCUACCCAGCGAAUCCAAACUCUACCAACCCUGCCAAUCGGAAAUCGACCGACUAGCUAAAACCACAACCCCAACCACCCCCUGCGAAGACCAACCGGAAACCCCACCAUCCACAACCCCCCAAAAACUAAUCACCUUCCGCAAGGAGUACAUCAAGGAGGAAAGCGAAGAAGUGGACACCAACCGGUACAGCAGUGCCAAGCGCUUCCCAACCAACAGCUGCGAGCAGAGUCAAGAGCUGUUCACGGAGAAGCCGACGCCGAAACCAACCCGCAAGCGGUGCCGGAAACCCACGGCGACGACCAAAAAGUGCGGCUGUCGGACGUCCCGGAAACCGACGACGAGCACCACCACAACGACAACAACCAGGCAGCCAGUGACGAAGAAGGUCAGAAGUCAUGAUUGUAAGUGCGUUUACUGUGUGGAUGAUGGCACGUGCGCUGGGGGUUACGAUUAGCUGCGGUGUCGCAACGGAAGAGGUGUUGUUAGUUUUGAAUUCUGCGAAUUGGAGUCGAUUCGGAGGAAACUACAGUUAUUGUGUUUUGAACAAAUAGUAGUUUAGUGGAAGUGUGUUGGUUAUCACUGUUGUGAAGUUAUUAUGUAACGUAAUGU